AUGAAUGACGAAAGCGAUAAAAAGGCUCAAUGUAGUGUUGCCUUCCAUAAAUCCUUGAAGAACGUUCUACUCAAGUACGGAGUUGAAAAGCCAAUGAAGUAUGACUUUGAUAAAGUAUUUCCCAUGAGCACAACGACAGAACAGAUAUUUGAAUCGAUUGGAUUGCCAAUGUUGAACGAUAUUAUUAAUACCGGAUGCAAUAACGUGCUUAUUAGUUGUGGAGGAAAAUAUAGUGGACGAUCCUUCUCCAUUGUUGGAGGAAGGAAUUGGGAAAAUGAAGAAAUUGGACCUAAUGAUGCAUUACUAUUCCGAAGCGUUAAAUUCCUUCUUGAUCACAAAUAUAGCUUAUCAUUGUCAGUGAGUAAGGUGAGAAAUGGAUCUUUCGUUGAUCUGAUGAAAAAAAAUGCAACGUUGGACGAUACACAGCUCAUUUCAGAAGUUUUAAGCGGUGUGACAACAGAUGCCAAUUCAAUAUUUAAAAACGUUCUUUAUGAAAUAUUGGUAGGAAGCUUGAAAGUUGUUGUGUUGGCAAAUUGCUCUCCUCACGUAUCUGCAGCAGAGGUCGCAAAGAAAACCAUGGAUAUCACAACAAGCUUUUCUGUCGUUAAAGCAGAUCGCGAACAUGUAACAACCUCUGGAAAUACAUCUCAUGUUGCUGGAAAACUUGCCAAGAACAAUGAAGAAAUAUUAACUAGGCUCAGGAUGCAUCACAUCGCUCUCAAAGAAUCAUGCACAACUUUGAGACGAGAGAAGGAUGAAAUGAGGAAUCUGGUUGCUAGCUACAUCCAACACAACAUUGAAACUUUUGGAACAUUCCUUCUUGAAGAAUUAGAAAAACGGGACAGGUAUGAAAGAGCAAAGCAAAAUAUUGGGCUUGAAGAGAAGGAUCAACAAUUGAAAACGCUACAUAGACAAGUAGUAGAAAAAGAGGAGAACGAGCAGCAUUUGAAAGAAAAAAUUGAAAAACUGCUACAUGACCAAAGUAUUAAUAAGGAUGUGGCCUCACGACUGCUUGUUGAAAAAGAAGAGUCUCUGAAGAACACCGUUAACGAGCUUGUUGAAAAUCAUGCCGUGCAAAUUGCUGAAAUAACAGAAAAUUGGGAGCAUGAAAAAAGAUUGCGAUUGGACAUGGAAAGAUAUCAUCAUGCAGAAAUUAGCAAGCUCAAGCAAGAAUUUACUGAGAAGGUAACGCAUUUCAAUUCUAUGCUAAAAGAAAAACAAGAGCAGUUGGACCGUUCCGUCAAUAGAGUUGACGAUUUAGAGAACCAGAUCACCUCACUUGAAGAAAAAAUACGGUCGGAACAUAACGAUCGAAAAACGAUAUCAGAUCGCAGCGAACUGCUGACUCAGCAAGUAUCCAUACUUGAACAAGCUUUAUUGGAAAGUAAGGAAAAGCAGGAAAAGUUGGCCAUUACAGAGGAAGAAGCACAAAGAUAUAAGAAUGAAACUGCUAAAUUGCUGAACUCUCUAGAGAUGGAACAAAAGAAAAACGAGGAGGCACAUCAAGAGAGGCUUAUGUUACAGAAUCAUUUGAUAGGAUUGGAAGAAAAAUUAACGUCGCUCUCAAAAGCAAGAAGUGAAGAAGCAAGAAAGCAUGAACUGGAAGUGAAAGAAUUGAAAGCUAAAUUAAUAGGACUGGAGAAGGCGUUGGAAUUAGGCAACACAGAAAUGGAAUCUUCGAUGAAGCUUCAAUUAGAACAAAAGGAAAAGGAUCUGAAAGAAAAGGAGGCUCAAUGUGAUCAUCUGAGCCAUACUGUCUAUUCGUUAAAAGAAAAAAUAGCAGAGAUUGAAUUAAGUAGAAGGACUGGGGAGGAACGGGAGUCCUCUUUACAAGAGAAGCUUGAUGAAGCAUAUUCUCAAAUCAAUAGAUCAAAAGAAAGGAUUGCUUUACUAGAAAGCGAUAUUGAUUCGAAAUGUUCAACGUUGAGAGAGCUGGAAAGCAAGAAUUCGGAAAGUUUACAACAACUGCUUCAGCUCCAAUCAGCUCUCACAGAGAGAGGAAAUGUCAUUUUGAACAUGGAUAAAGAACUGAAAAUUCAAAAACAUUUAAAUACAGAAUUGAAAAUGGAAAUUGAAAGCAAAAACAACAAAAUACAAGAGCUAGAACAAAGUAUUAAGGGGGGAUCUACGAAAAUUGCGAGCAUUUCUGAUGAAAUUAAUUCUCUUCGAGAGAUGAACAAUGUCGCAAAAGAGAAUAUUGCGAAACUCACAUCUGAAAAGUCCAUGUUGGAGCAACAAGUGAACAUUCUAAAGCAGGAUUGCACUUCAUCAAACAAUCAGCUUGUGAUUGAAAAAAAUAACUUGGAGCUUGAGAAAUCAAAGUUAGAGUUGGCAUAUCAACAGACAGUGGACGCUACAAAAAAACAGAGCGAGAAACUACAAACACUUUCUGCAAGGGUGCUUGAAUUAGAACGAUUGCUCAUAGACAAGAACAACGAGCUGAAAAAUUUGCAAACCACUAGUCAGUCAGCAGACCAAAGAUACAAUGACUUGUUGUUUGAGUUCAACAAAAUCAAGGAGGAAGAUUCAAUCCAGCUCAACGAAAAAGACAGAAUGAUCUCCUCUCUAGUACAAAAGUCAACAGAUUUGACCAAAAAACUUGCAGAGUAUUCCAUCAUGGACCAAAGGAAAAACGAUCUCGAAAAAGAGAAUAGCAUGCUAAAGGAGGAGAUUCUUUCCCUUAGUAAAGAGAAGGAUAUUAUUUUGGUGGAGCAAGAGAGCUUGUCAAAGCUUAUACUUAUCUUAAACAAAAGUAUUGACGAAUUGAGAAAGGAAAAGAACAUUCUGCACAGCCAGAUGAUGAACGUUAAAGAGGACUGCAGCACUUUACAUGUAGAAAAAAUCAAUUACUACGAGUCUCAAAUUCAAACUCUUGCCACCGAAAACAAAAAUCUUUUGGAUGUAUUGGAGAAACAAAAGGAAGAUCUUGAUGCACACCAGAAUAGAGCAUUGGAGCUUGAACGGAAAUUAAGGCAAUCUGAAAAAACAGAAUUGUCCAAUAAGGAUUCGGAGCUGCGAAAUUCGAAAACGUUGUGUAGCGAAUCUAUUACUGCUAUUAAGAAGCUUGAAUUAUCUGUACAGGAAAGAGACAAGGAAAUAUUCAAAAUCAAGAAAGAGCUGGAAAAGAAAAACAGUUUGCUUUUAGAAAAAGACAACACCGAAAGACAAAGUUCCGAACAAUUACAGCCUGAAACAUCGUCCACAUCUUCUGAAGUAACACAACUCCGUAAUGAACUUGAACAUACAAAGACUGAAUUGGAAAGUGUCAAAGACAAGCUUCAUUGCUUAUCCAGUGAGCAGAAGAAGAAUCAGAUUUUAAUUGACAUUUCCACCAAACCAACGUCCAAGGAAAAAAUUCUGUCCACAUACAAACUUUAA